CAGUCUGCAGUGGAUAUGGCGUCACUGAAAAGUGUAGGAGUCGAGAAACUUCACCUAUGUAAAUAACGUCAACAAGAGGAGCCAUAGGCAGCAAUACACAGAGCAAAGCUAUAUAUAUAUAUAUAUUUAUAUUUAUCAGCUUAUUUUUUAAGUAUGCCCCGGAAAAAGCCAUUUAGCAACAAGCAGAAGAAGAAACAGCUACAAGUCAAACGGGAGCGAAAGAGAGGUGACACAGGUUCUGGGCCGAGCAGCCGCAAUGCCAGCGUGGAGCGAGGAGGAGAACGACAGUCAGACACCUCAGACAGUGAGACCACUGAUAUUAGGAGCAUAAAUCAGCAGCCCUUCAGCAGAGAAGGUAGAUAUGACCCCAACAGGUUCCGACUGCACUUUGAAAAAGAGAGUAAAGAAGAAGUGGAAAAGAGGAAGAAGUUGGCCAGGGAGAAGGUGCUGCAGCCCGUCUCAGACAAAGUACUUGAGAUCAGUAUCGAUGACAUCUAUCCCUCAGAGAAAGGUCUUGCUUUCCCACGACGGCCGCCCUGGAAUUAUGAGAUGACACGAGAGAACCUGAUGAGGAAAGAGGAGAAGUCAUACAAAGAAUACCUGGAUGACCUGCACUCCAGAAACCCACCUGGCUCUCUCAGCCACUUUGAGCAUAAUCUGGAGACAUGGAGGCAACUAUGGAGAGUGUUGGAGAUGUCAGACAUCAUCCUGCUCAUUGUGGACAUCAGGCACCCGGUGCUGCAGUUCCCUCCAGCCCUGUACCACUACAUCACAGUAGAUCUCCAGAAGCAUGUGGUCCUGGUGUUGAACAAAGCUGACCUGUGUCCUCCCCCACUGGUGAUCGCCUGGAAACACUACAUGACCUCUCAGUUCUCCCACCUGCAUAUAGUGUGCUUCACCUCCCACCCUGGACAGCCCUACAGCACAGUGCUCCAGAAGAAGAGGGUGAGGAAGCAUGCUGGCUGGAGUCACGCUGGAGGUCCUAUAGAUAUCCUGAAGGCCUGUCAGGAUAUCACAGCAGGGAGAGUUGAUCUAUCCAGCUGGGAGCAGAAGAUUCAGAGAGAUGCUGUUUCUGAGCGACGGGAUGGGGAGCAACCAGAUGAAGGAGCCGAGUCGGUGCUCGUAGAGCAUCAAAGUGACAGAGCUAUGGAGAUGAGCAGCCCAUCCCAGGAGCUCUACAAAGAUGGGGUUCUCACAUUGGGCUGCAUAGGCUUUCCAAAUGUUGGUAAGUCAUCUGUUAUAAACAGCCUGGUGGGGAAGAAGGUGGUGAGCGUGUCUCGAACCCCAGGCCACACCAAAUACUUCCAGACCUACUACCUCACCCAGACGGUCAAACUCUGCGACUGCCCCGGACUGGUUUUUCCCUCCCGUGUCGAUAAACAGUUACAGAUUCUGGCAGGCAUCUACCCAGUGUCUCAGCUGCAGGAGCCCUACAGCUCAGUUGGUUAUCUGUGCGAAAGAACCUCUUUCCUCUCUGUACUGAAGCUCAAACAUCCUAGUUUGCUGGAGAACAAACCCCACCAAGAAAACCAGGGAUCUGAAGAGCUCAGCUGGACUGCCUGGGAUGUGUGCGAGUGUAAGCCAAUUCUCAGUGAUAGGAGAGGCUAUAAGACUGCCAAAGCAGCUCGCAACGAUGUUUACCGUGCAGCUAACAGUCUCCUGCGGUUGGCAAUUGAUGGCAGAUUGUGCCUCUGCUUAAGACCACCUGGCUACAGCUGCCUGAGAGAGCACUGGGAAAAUCACCCAGACUUGCCGGAGAUUAUAGCUCUUCAAGGAAGGACGACAGAAGAGGAAGGAACGGGAGAGAGAGACGAUGACGAGGACGGAGAGUCCAGCACCGAGCCAGAGGAAGAGAGAGACCGAGAUGCAGACGAUGAUGAGGAUGGAGAUGAUGAAGAUGAGGGGUUAGGUCAUCCAAGAAGGAGGGACGAUAAGCCAUCUGGCUUCACUGUCAACAUGUACAAUGUCCUUCGGGAAAAUGAGUGCGAGUGAUGAUGGAGGGAAAGCCGAGCAGGAAGACAUUAGUUGUUCCUCUUCCCCCGACUUUUCCCUGUUUACCCCAGUGCACCUUUCAUUCCUUUCUUUCCUAAAUCUGCAUUCCUUCUCAUUUAUUCUUGCGCCUCAACUCCUCAUUUCACUACACGAUCUCUUCUAAUUCAUUGACCCAGUUUCUCCCUAUAAUAUACAGAGCAUAUUCAUGUAUUACAUGCUGUGCCUCUGCUCUGCUUGUUCAUCCUCAACGCUUAUUCUUUAGUGUUGCUUCUAAGAAUGAGUUUGGUUUGGUUUGAUUUAAUCUUGUUUUUGUUUUGCACGUAGUUCUCAGAAACAAUUGAACAAAGUAACUUCCCUCAACCUGGAAUAAUCAACCAACUGGUUUUCAAUCUCUUUAUUGAUAAGUGACUUCACAGCUGUGAUGCCAAAGUUCAGGAAAGUAUGAUAAAACAAAUCAGAAGCACUGUCGAUAUGAUGUCAUUCACUGGAGCAGCCAUUUGGCUCUCCGAGCAGCUGGAGAUUUAAGAACACGACUCUAAAUCUUCUUCAUAGACCAUAGUUUGUCACAACUUUGGUUAAAGGGUUUGGGAUGGGAUAUGGGAGAUAUGAGACCAUAAAAGUGGAGUGGAUAAAACCAACAUUUUUACACACACAACUUUGCUGUUACCAGUAUUACGGCUCUAUUAGAGGUUCAUUUAUCUGAACUGGGUUUUGAUUAUACUGUAUCUGAGAGGGAUAUUUGAUUUGGUGUGGUUCUACACAGUCAGCCAGAAAUAAAAAAAACUGGGAUGGGGGGAGGGAAGAGUAGUUGAAUCCUGUAUUGCUGCACAAGGCCGUUUCAGGAAUUUAACAUGUAGUGUUUUAACUACUACAAAAAUUAUCCUUAGAUGCUGAUGGAGAUCAGGAUUUUGGCUACACUCAUUCAGCAAGUUAAUAUAAUAGUGUCAGUACAGUGGGUUUGAUUCAACAGAUCAGGAAUAGUUCCACAAUGUGGGAAGUAUGUUUAUUGGCUCCAUUCCCGAGAGUCAGAUGAGAAGAGAGCUGCCACUCUUGUAUCUGUCUGGUAAAUAUGAAUUUGGAGCCAGGAGACGUUUAGCUUAACUUAGACUGGAAACAGGAGGAAGUAUAUAGCCUAUAUCUGUGCAAAGGAAACACAGUAGAAUUUAGUGGCAUUUAGCAGUGAAGUUCUAGAUCGCAACCAACUGAAUACUGCUCACUUUCCAACAGAUUCUCCUAAAUGUUACACACUGGACCUUUUUUUUUAAGGUGCUGUUAGGCAGAUUUUGUCAUAUUUGGACAGAACCAAGCUAGCUAUUUCCCCAUGUUUCCCGUCUUUGUACUGAGCUUAGAUAACCAACUACUUGAUGUAGGCUCAUACUUACCGUACAGACACGAGAGUGGUAUCAGUCCCUGAACAAGUGUAUUUACCAAAUGUCAAACUAUAUCUUUAACCACACAGAAAGAGAGACUAUCUUGGCUUCCAUCUGUCCAUCAUUAUAAAUAACAUUACACACUCCAUCUUUGCUCUGUUGUUGGUUUUAUAGACUAUAAUUUCAACACAGUGCUCAAUUUCAAGGUCAGAUCUUGUAAUGCUGUUAAGACACCCGCUGCAGACAAUUCUCCUUCUCUGUUCAUCAACCAUGUUUUGAUCAAAUCUUCUGAUAAAUUUAGAACAAUGGACAUUUUUGCUAUUUGACGGGUCUCUCUUUCUCUGUGAUGUGCCAUGGCCCCCGCUCCAAUCCUGAGUGCUGUAUUAUUGUGUGCUGUUGUCUUACCUCAUUCAUGUGUUCACUGAGGGAUCUCUACAGCACAGUGCUGUGUUACUGUGUAAUACAUCACACUGCAGUCACAUGCAGUCAUUUCUACCAACACUACUAUGCUGUUAGACACACAACAGACUUUGAGUUGUGUUAAUGUGGUUUUUUGUUUUAUUUUUGGGGAAUUAUUAAAACUGACAGCGUCUGGAGAGUGUAGUGUGAAGGCUUGAGGUGUGUUCAGGCUAUUGGCUGCAUUCCUCAUUUCAUUCCUAGUAUGCGUAAUGAUGACUGGACUGCUUUCUGCAAUAAAAGAAAAUAAUCCUCUCAACUAAA